AGAACCAAACCACAAACUGUGUUAUUAAUCACAUCAAAUCUAAUUUUUGCAGACACGGCGUACCGGAAGUAGUGAGGUCUGGUAAUGGAUCGCAGUUUCAAAGAAUAAACCACUCCUUUGCAAUGUUUGCUAAUCAAUGGGGAUUCCAGCAUAUUACUUCAUCUCCGCGAUACCCUCAAAGCAAUGGGUUUAUCGAAUUUAUGGUGAAAACAGUUAAAUCUCUCUUGAAGAAAAAUGAAGAUCCAUAUUUGGCGUUGAUGGAGUGUAGAUCGGCCCCGUUAGCCAAUGGCCCAUCGCCAUCGGAAAUUUUGAUAGGCAUGAAGAUUCGUACCACCUUAAUAACUAUUGACCAACAACUUCUCCCAAAAUACGAACUUAAGUCAGCAAUUUUAAAAGAGAAAACACUUAAAACGAGACAAGCAGAAAACUACAAUCGAAGACGAAGAAGUGAGUCCUUUAAAGAGGGCGACGUAGUUUGGGUGCGCGAUUUAGGCAUAUGGGGGAAAAUAUUAAAACGUGGGGAAACACCAUGGUCCUACAUAGUAUCUACUGAUUGUGGUGAUUUUCGGCGUACCUCGUUUCACCUCGUUGCUGCUGGAUGCAAAGAUUUGCCAUACCUACCUGGCGAAAUAGGCGACAACAAAAGCUUCCACUACCCCGCCGACUUCCUCAGAGGCCCCACAAACAGACAUCGACACAAUAGUGGAAGCUGCAACUACUAAACCGGAAGCAGAUAUUCCCAGAUAUGUAACAACGACAAGAUCUGGACGGGUGAUAAAACAACCAGAAAGGUUUACAUCGUAAAUUCAUUGCUUACUGUUAUUAUUUUGAAUUUUCAAAUAUUAAAUAAAAGA